UCUGCUCAGCCAAUAGGGAGGCUCCUGUUAAUCCCAGCCGGGUAAAAACCGGUGUGAGUCCGGAGGCGGCUCUAAUCUGAGCAGAGAGUCAGUGCGGGCGGAGAGGGAGACAGGCUGAGAGGCAGACAGGCUGCGGGGACUGGACUUUCUGCUGUGGACAUUUCCCGUCACUUCAUCGCGUUUAGGAGGUUUGUGAAAACUCGUCCCAGAAGAGGAGACGCCGUCUGUCCCGCGCUCACAUCGCCGGGUCUUCUGGGGGGGAUUGCUGCUCUUCUCAUCGUUGCCCGCGCACUCCGUGGACGUCCCGUCGGGUCCGGUCGUCAUGUCCUCCGGUGAUGCCUCGGAGCAGAGUCGGCGAGUCAGCGUGCUGUCUUGGGAUCAGGUGCGGCGCUUGGACUCCAUCCUGGGGGAGAGCGUCCCGAUCCACGGCCGCGGAAACUUCCCCACGCUGUCCGUGCAGCCCCGGCAGAUCGUCCAGGUGGUCAGGGCUCGACUGGAGGAGCGGGGUGUGGUGGUACGCGACGUCAAGCUGAACGGCUCAGCGGCCAGCCACGUGCUUCACCAGGACAAUGGCCUCGGCUACAAAGACCUGGACCUGAUUUUCGGCCUGAGCCUCACCGACGACAAAACCUUCCGGCUGGUGAAGGACGUGGUGCUGGACUGCCUGGUGGACUUCUUGCCUGAGGGGGUGUGCAGGGACCGAAUCACAGCCCUCGCCCUGAAGGAAGCGUACGUGCAGAAACUGGUGAAAGUUUGCAACGAGACGGACCGCUGGAGCCUCAUCUCGCUGUCCAACAACACCGGCAAGAAUGUGGAGCUGAAGUUCGUGGACUCGCUGAGAAGGCAGUUUGAGUUCAGCGUCGACUCCUUCCAGAUCACUCUGGACUCCUUGCUGCUCUUCGACCGCUGCUCGGAGACGGCCAUGUCCGAGACCUUCCACCCCACAGUGCAGGGGGAGAGCAUGUACGGGGACUUCGAGGAAGCUCUGGGCCACCUUCUCUCCAGGACUAUCGCCACCCGCAGCCCAGAAGAGAUCCGGGGCGGCGGGCUGCUCAAGUACUGCCACCUGCUGGUGCGUGGCUUCCGGCCUUCCUCCGAGGCUCAAAUGAAACAGAUGCAGCGCUACAUGUGCUCGCGCUUCUUCAUCGACUUCCCCGACAUAAGCGAGCAGCAGAGGAAACUGGAGGCGUAUCUGCAGAACCACUUUGCGGGCAUUGAGCACAAGCGCUACGAGUACCUGGUGACGCUGAGGCAAGUGGUGGACGAAAGCACUGUGUGUCUGAUGGGCCACGAGCGCAGGCAGACGCUGGCACUUAUAUCCGCUCUGGCGCUGCGCGUUAUGGCCGAACAGAACGCUAUCCCAGCUCUGUCCAACAUCACCUGCUACUACCAGCCCGCUCCCUAUGUCAGAGACGUCAACUUCAGCAAUUACUAUGUGGCACAAGUUCAGUCCCCCAUGGCUACAUGCAGUAACUCUUAUCAAACGUGGCUGCCUUGCAGCUGAGCAAGAACUUUUAGGAUGUCUGGAGAGCUUUUGGUUUUAACUUCAUGUAAGCUGAACAUUCACUAGAGUGCUCGGUACCUCUGUAGCAACGGGGCUUUUUUGGUUUGAGGCCCAUCCUGGACAAAAAAGAACUAAAGUAUCUUCUUUUUUUGCCAAAUUUUAUAUCAAAACCAUUCCACUAAGUUAUGUUGAUUAAUACUGCUGUAAAAAAAAAAAAAAAAAAACUCAUUCGAGCCAUUACAGUUAUACCUUUUUAUUCUGAUGUCGUUUCAUAACCAAUGUGGGCAUGUGUGGAAAAACAUGAAGGGUUGAUAUGUGACAGAGGAACUUUGCCAGUUCUGUUUCUUGUCAGGUCUUUAAUGAAAUGUAAAUACUUGUUAUGAAACCAGAAAGCUGUUUUUUGUUCUGUCUGUGGUUCCGGCUGACCUGACUGGGCGGGAAAAAGGACCAAAGAAAUACUUCCUUGUGUAGCACGACAAACAAAGACUGUAUGUGGUUCCAAGUGCCUGAAACUGACCAACGUCUUUAUAGUAGUUGCUAUGUAAGAAUUGUUUUUAAGACUUUUUCAUCCAGGUUACUGUACGUUUCUAUAUCCAGGGUCAGGGUAUUUGUUUUUAAAUCAUUAAAAAAAACGUCAAAAA